AUGGGGCGCUUUCCCGGUGCUGGACAUGCGGUCUCCUUCGAAGCUUCCAAGAGUGAGGGCUUAAGCCAGAUUGAAGAGGUGACCAACAUGCUCAAGGUUCAAACCGAUGCCCUCGCAGAUCUGCAUUUGAAGAUCAAGAACAUUCAAGACACUGCCAAUAAAGUCGGCGAAUUUGCCAACAAGAUCCGCGGUAUCGAGGUGGAGCUGGGAGAAGCCAAGAAAGCAGCAGAGCAGAUUGUGGGCGCAAACACAGGCAUGGGUGAAUUGGCAAAGGAGGUUGCAACCAUAAAGGCCAAGGCCGCGGAACAGCAGUCCGACCUCAUCUUGGCGAAGGACGCUGUUGACAAGCUUAUCCCCACCAACGCCGGCAUUGGUUGCAUGGCAUCCUUGCUGGUGGUGCACACCAGGUUCUCUGCGCCUCGAAGGCUUCCGGCAGUAUUCAUUAUGUCUGUAUAG